AUGUUAACACUCAUUAUUGAUAAUGAUGAACGAACGAAUCCAGAUGAUGGUCUAUGCAAAACUGUAACAUGUGUAAAAGAUCGAUUAAACAAUUGGAAAAUUAUUAUACAAAAUUUAAGAAACUAUUAUUUGGAAGUUUUACAAGAAGUUAUUACAAUUCGUCCUCCAAAUAUUGUUCUAGUCAGUAAAAUACCAGAUUCUGCUCAAGCUGAUCAAGAAUUAGAAAAGAUUCUACUUUUCUUAUUAUGUGCCGCUGUACGAUGUGAUCGACGUGAUUAUUUUAUUCGUCAAAUUAUGGAGAAUUUAAAUCCUGAUGUUCAAACUGGUAUAAUGACAUGUAUUAAAAAUGUUACUGAAUGUCCUGCAAGUAUUGUAAGUUUUGAAAAGCUUCGAUCAUCUGAUGCUGACAUUUUACAAACAUUUCGAAGUGUAGUUAAUCAACUUGAAGAUAUUUAUUUAGAGGAAAUCAUCCAAUUAUUAGAUGAAUUAGCAUCAUUACAGAAUAAAUUUCUCACAUUACAAGCAAGAUAUCAAUUAGCUUCUCGAUCUAAAACAUUAGGACCGAAUGGAUUAAAAGAACGAUCUGUUUCUACUAUAUCACUUGGUGUGGAUAAUUCAUAUUGUACUAGUAAUAGUCAUUUUGCUAUAUCUACACCUAGACUUGAUGAACAAACCGGUUUAUCACGUAAAAAAUUAAAUAUUAUUGAAUUGAAUGAUCCUUUUGAUCAAGUCAACGAACAGUUAAAUGAUGAUGUUUUUGUCAAUGAUAAUAAAGUGAAUCAAAAUCUUAUGACUAGUACUAGUAAUAUCAGUAAUACAAAUGAAUUAUCAGAUAUUGGUCGAAUGGAUUCUGGAUUAGAAGUGGAAACAACACAACUAGACUCAGUACGUUCUUUAUACCAACCAACGGAUAAUUUGACACCGGAAAUUCUUGUAAUGGAUAUGGAUAAGCAUCAUUUAUCGGUUGAAUUGGCUGAAACCAAAGCGAAACUACGUCGAGCACAUAUUGAAAUUGAAGAUCAAGCUGACCAAUUAGUUGAAUUACAAGAUCAUUUGUUUGAGACACGUCGUGAAUUAAGUCAAGUAAAAGAGGAACGAGCACGUUUAGCCGACGCAGCCUAUACAGCAAGACAUUGGCAAGAUGAAGUGGAUGCAUUAAAACAAACUGCUGAACGUGUUACUAAUUUAGAAAUAGAAAAUGAAAAACUGAAAGAAAGAUUACAUGAAAUUGAUUAUUACAAAGCACGAUGUCAACAACUUACUGAAGAUUUAGAAAUUUUAUCUCAUGAACAUUCACAAUGGGCAGAUAAAGCAGAAAUCACUCAUGAAUAUCAUCAUAAAAUUACAGAUUUAGAAAAAGAAUUAAGUAAAACUCGAUGUCAGUUAACAGAAACAGAAAAUGCAAGAAAUUCAGAUUUGGAUUUAAUUAAAAAUCUUCAUGAAGAAUUAGGCAAACUGAAAUUAGAACAUUAUACACAUAAAAAAUUUAUGAAUUCAUCUAGUGAAUUGAAUAAUGCCAAAGAUUUCAUAAUUCACAUGAAUAUUGACGAGAAGAAUAAUCAGCUUAAAGAACAAAAACAACAAUAUCGUAUUUCAUUUGAUGCAACUGAUGAAGAUUUGAUCAGUACAGAGAGUUCCGUGAAUAAUUCCAAUCAACCAAUCAAAUCACAAUUAAAUAAAUUAAAUUCUAAUUUAUCUGAUCAAUUAUCUGAAUCAGUGACAAAUCGUUUAAAUCAUUUAGAAGAAGUUAAUCGACGUUUAAAUAAAGAACUUGAUCGAACAAAGUUAUUAUUAAUGAAAGCUCAAUCUGUCAAUGAAGCUAAUAUUGAAACGGAAGCAUCUUUAGCUGAAGCGAAACGUGAAAAUCAAUUGUUAACUAAUAAAUUGGAAAGACUUGAAACAGCUUUGUCAGCUCAAGAUGAACGUUUAUGUCAAUUAGAUUUAGAACGAAUGAACUUUGAAGCAGAUGCAAGAAAAACCAGAGAAUCGUUAAAUACAUUUAAAGAAACUUCCGAACGACAUAUCAAUGAAUUAUCACGUGAAAAUGAUUAUUUGACUGAAACUAUCAAGAAUUUAAGAGGUAAAAAUAUCAAUGAUAUUUCAUCCGAUGAAAGAAUCGCACGUUUAGAAAAAGAAAAUAGUGUACUUGGUGAAUCGGUUCAAACUAAUGUAACAAGUUUAGCACGAGCUGAGCUAGAAAUCAGUCAAUUACGUCAUCGUUUAACUAAAGCAGAUGAACUAUGCAAAUGUUUGGACUCGUUAACAGAUGAACGUAAUCAAUUGAGUGCUGAAUUAGGAGCAGCAAAGCGUGAAAUCACCGCCUUAAAAGAAGCCUGUUCAAAACAAACAGACCUAGAAAUAGCUCUUGUCUCAGCUGAAGGUAAUUGUGCACGUCUUCAGACACAAUUGUCAACUAUUCGUGCAACUUGUGAAAAUUCAACAAAUAUGGAAAAUGAAUUAAUCAGAUUAAGACAAGUUGAAAAUAAGUGUGAACAAUUACAAAAUGCAUUAUUUACUGCUAUACAAAAAACAGCUGAAGUUGAAAUAGAACGAGAUAAUUUAUCAACACGUUUAACUAAUUUAAAACAAAGUCUUCAUUCACAAAGAUUAUUCGAUUCAGAAAAUGAUGAAGCUGAUGAUGAAGAAGGUGGAUUGGUUAGUUUACAUGAUGAAGAAGUUGACAGUGGCAAUAAAACAGGUGACUCAACAGAAGAAACAUCACCUGAAUGUUUAGGUGUAGCAAAACUGCGUAGAAAAACCAUAAAUAUGCCAUCGAAUUCACGUCAUCGUGAACGACGACGUAGAGGAGGCUAUAUUAAUUAUGAAACGGAACUUGGUAGAAUGGAUUCAGAAAUUAAACGUUUAGAAGCAGAAAGAGAUACGUUACGUAAGAGUUUGGAAGAAGUUAAAACUAAAUUGAUGAAUCAAGAGUCGGCUCAUGAAUCUGCUAUGAAGGAAUCAGAAGAGAAAUCAAGGCAACAAAUCGGUCAAUUGGAAUCAGAAAUAAAUCGCUUAAAGGCAUCAAUUCGAUUAUCUGAUCAAGAAAUACGAAAAUUACGUAGAGAGUUAAGGGAUUCUGAAACAGAUCAACAGUUAUCUGAUGCAAUGGAAAAAAUCAAACAAUUAGAAUCACAAAUUAUAAAGUUGAAUAAUACGAUUAAACAAAAUGAAGUGCAUUUACACGAUAGUGAACAACAAAGAUCUGAGUUACUUCAACAAAUAAAUAUUGAACAGAAAACCGUUUCAGCUUUGCGUAACGAGUUAAUCAUGGAGAAAAUUCAAUUACAAAAACGUAAUUCUGGAUUAAAAUGUAUUCAAGUGUGUUUAGAAAAGUAUGGACUAUCAAAUGAUUGGUUCAAUGAAUUAAAUUCUAAUGAAAAUAACAUAGAACAAACAAAUUUAGUAGAUUCAUUUAUGGAAAACUUUAUUAGUCAAUUAACUAAAGAUAUAAAUAUAAAAAAUGAAGAAUUUGAUUCUGUUAAACAACAAAUUAAUGGACUUCAAUUAAAGAAUUCUGAAUUAAUAAAUCAGUUAAAAAUAAAAAGUCAAGAAUUAGAAGACUAUAAAAAAUUACAAGCUAAUAAUUGUACUACUGAUAUUUCAACAAAAGAAAAUUCUUCAAUCUUACUACAAAUAAAAGAUCGUGUCAUUGAACUUGAACGUGAAAAUGCACGCCUUAAUGAAGCAUUACAAAAUGAAAUUGAACACAAUGAAACUAUUAAGGCAACUAAUCAAAAUUUAGAAAUACGCAUUAAUAAUUUUCAAGAACAAUCUGUUUCAGUACAACGACAAUUAGCUGAAUUAAUUGGAACAAAUGCUCGUUUACAAGUUGAAAAUACUACAUUACAUAGUCAAGUAGAUAGUUUUCAAGGUCAAAACUCUAAUCUAUCUGGACGUAUUACUGAACUUGAAUCUGAAAUUCAUCAUUUAUCAAGUGUACUUGAUACAAUGCAUACAUCUAAAUCUCAAUUAACUAACGAUUAUGAACAAUUACAAUGUUUACAUAAAAAAUUAACACAAGAUUAUGAACAAUUGAAUGAAACAUUGAAAAUGUCCAAAGAAUCUCAACGUCAAUUGAAAUCAGAAAUACAAUUAACUAAUGAACAAGUGAAUAAAUUACAAACUGAAGCAAAUGAAGUUCAACGAUUAAAAAAUGCAUUAGAACUAGAAAGAGGAAGUUUAAAAGGUGAAGUUAAACAAAUUGUUCAAUUAAGAGAAGAAAAUGCACGUUUACAAUCGGAAUUGAAUUCGUUAAAUGCAAUAUUAAAUCGUGAAAGGCAUGAAAAAUCAAAUGUUCUAGAACGUAAUCGAGAAAUUCGUCGUCAAUUACAAGACAGUGAAUAUCGAUUGGAACAAUUAACGAAUGAAUUGAAAAAAUAUCAAAAAUUAGAACAAGCAUUACAUAAUGAAAUAGAAAGUUUAAAAACACGUUUACAAAUGUUAACAGAACUUAAUUCAAAGUAUGAAAAAGAAAAUAAAUCGUUACUUAGUCAAUUACAAAGUUUAUUAAAUCAAAAUCAAGAGAUUUUAGCGUCAACAUUAAAAAAUUGUGAAAAUCAUGUUAGUCAAGAAGGUGUACUUAGAGAACGUUUAUUAUCUAUGCAUAGACAAAAGCAGCAACUUGAAGAGAAAGUUAUGGAACAAUAUCGUAAUGGUUCAUCAUCUAAAAAUGAUUUGACUAAUCAACUACUUUUGGAAAGUCAAAGACGUUUAACGCUGAUUCAAAGAGCUCGAGCAGCAUUAAACAAACAUCACUUUCCACACAGUUCUGAAUUCAACAAGAAUAAUUCAGGUUUUAGUACAAUUUCUACUUUGAAUUCUCAAUCUACUUGGUUAAAUGAUAGUUACAGGUCAAUACCAACCAUCGGACUAACAUCGUCAACAUUGCAUCGUUAUGAUAAACGUCUUAUACCUGGUUCUGUGUCCAUUUACGAUCGUGAUCCAGAUGAACAGAAUCACGAAGAUUUGAAACAAUUUUUAAAAUAUUUAGAUGAUUCAGGCGGGAAUAACACACGACCAAAUUCAGCUGUUCCUUCACAAAUUUCAAGUAAUAAACACUGUGAAAAUCAUGAUUUCUUAUUACCUAUCAGACCAAAUUCCGGUGGUUUAACAAUGAGUCCAUGCAUAGACAAACGACCACAAUCAAGAUUAAGUUCAGACAAAUUUACUGAAUGUAUGGAUUCACCAGUCUCCGGUCGAUCUUCUUAUUCAAGUUCAAAUGGUGUAAAAUCUCAGUUAAAUAAUCAAACUCAUCAUUUCCCGCAUCGAAUUGAUAAGAAUGCACUUAAUCAUUCGUUUAAUUUAACCGAAAAUAAUAAUAGUACAAAUGAAAAGAAAUUCAAUUUCAAUAAUACAAAUGGUUGGUUGGGUAACGAUGAUUCUCAUGAUCGUUCAGUAUGUAGUAGUAAUAGUAGUAAUAGUACUGGUUUAAAUGGUCAAAAUCUUCCAUCAACUGAAAGAUGUGAAAAACAAAUUAGUGAAAUUGUACAAAUUAAAGCAACCACUGAUGAAUCCGAUAGUGGAAUACAUAAACGAAUUAUAUCAGACACACCAACUAAUAUCAAUACAAGUUCACCGAAGCCAUUUUUAUCCAGAUCGUCAUCAUUGUGUUACAACACUAAACUCAAUGAUCAAAUACACAUGCAACGUGCUUUGAAUAGUAUGGCUAGUAAUACAUGUCAAUCGACACAAAUGCUAGACAAUUCAUUGAAAAAUGGAUGUGAUAAUAAUAAUCCUAUCAGUAAUGGUGUCAGUGGAUUGAAUAACUCCAAAUAUUUCAAUAACCCUACUUAUAUUCAACAUACAGGAAAAUCUUUUGAAUCUGAAAACAAUCAAAAAUCAAUGCCAACAACAAAUAGUAAUUAUAAUAUCAAUAGCAUGGCUAGUAAUUGUUCUGAAUCCAUUCCGAUAUUCAAUCAUCAAACAACAAUGAAUUCGAGUAAAUCAGCUUUAUUACGAGAACAAUUCUUUAGUUCCAUGAUAGGUGAACCUAAUCACAACCAACAACAACAAUCAUCUUUAGAAUCUUCUUCAGAGUUAACUAGGAAACCGAAAGUUCUAUUGCAAUAUAGAGAUUUAUAAUUUAUAAUUAGAAAUCAAUCCCAUUAAUAUGUACAUCGUUUAAUUGUUGUUCUCUUACUUACUUUCUCACACACUACAC